AGAUGAACAGCAGCACCACUUUCUAAAUAACAACAUUACGGUGGCUGCUUGUCUCAGUGAAACGCUUAUCUUGGUAUCGGUUAGCAAGCAACAACCUUCGGCUUGGUUCACAGCUAAUCAUAUGAUUGCACAUUUAGGAAGCGAACCUCACAAUUGAACUGACAGUUUAUGCUACAAAAUGGACUACUUGCUUCAGGUGAAAAUAGGCGCUCUGAUCGGUUUAUUGCUUUUAACACUUCUUUUUGGAUUUAUCCCCGCUAAAGUGAGAUGGUUCAGAGAUACAAACGGCACAGAAACCCACCGCACAGUUCUGAGUCUGAUCAGCUGUUUCGCCGGUGGGGUUUUCCUGGCAGCAUGUCUCCUCGAUAUCAUUCCAGAUUAUCUGUCAGACAUCACCGCUGAGCUGAAUUCCCGGAAGGUGGAGACCAGUUUCCCACUUCCAGAGUUCAUCAUGGCAGCCGGUUUCUUCACGGUCCUCAUACUGGAGAGGAUUGUCCUGAACUGUCGGGAGAUGGGAGUGGCUCAGGAGGAGAGGGCUCCCCUUAUGCCGGACAACAGAAAUGGACACGGCCAUGGAAUAAGCCCUGAUCUGGAGAGCAGCGGCCACCACGUCCAUGUUGACUUUCAGGCUCACUCCCCAUUUCGUUCCUUCAUGCUCUUCCUCUCCCUCUCGCUCCACUCAGUUUUUGAGGGUCUUGCUAUCGGCCUGCAGAACACUGACUCAAAGGUAUUAGAGAUCUGCAUUGCUAUACUUGUCCACAAGAGCAUCAUAGUGUUCAGUCUGUCUGUGAAGCUGGUCCAGAGUGCAGUUCGUCCAUUAUGGGUGGCUGCUUACAUUGGAGUGUUCGCCAUGAUGUCACCUAUAGGCAUCGCCAUCGGCAUCAGUGUGUUGGAGGCUCAGCUGGCAGCUGGAGCACUAAUCCAGGCUGUCCUGGAGGGGCUUGCCGCAGGGACGUUUGUUUACAUCACCUUUCUAGAGAUCCUCCCACACGAACUCAACUCCCCCGGGAAGCAGCUUCUGAAGGUGCUCUUCAUCCUGCUGGGCUUCAGCAUCAUGGCAGCUCUGACGUUUUUGGGCUGAGAGUAGUUGUCAAAUAAGCCAGUAUGCUGGGAUGUGACCUGGGUGCGUUGUGCCAACAACUGCAGCUUCCACAAGGGUUUGUGGGUGAAGUAGAGUUUUAAUGUCAAAGGGAGCAUGGCAACAAAUGCAGGUAUUUUAUUUCUUCCAACAUACUUUUAAAAUAUUCAUAAAAAGCAGUCCAGUCACUAUGUGCAUAUAUAAUUUCUCUUUUAGAUGAUUUUAUUUAAAGAGGAAACACUUACUGCAAUGAUAAGUUUGUUGAAUGACUAACUGAAGCACAGAGGGAAGAACUGGCCUCAUUUAUCACUGGCCUUGUUUCAACAUGCUUUGGACCUGCAAACAAACGUCCUCUGACCUUUGACACUAUUGAGGAAACCACUGGAAACAAAGGGCUGCGUUACAUGUAUAUAUACUUUGUAAUUAAGCCAAUAAUGUCUGGAUAUCAAUACUUCCAGAUCUUUAAUGUUUACAUUUUAUUUGAAACAAAUUCAAUCAGGAAGAUUCUUCUUUCCAGAAAGCACUCUUUGUGUCUUCACUUUUGUCGAAGUAUUUCAUAUGAUACGUUCUUCACUACAGGCUUAGCUGGAUGGUUGGCCUUGUAAUUAAUGGAGUUUCCUCUGACCCAGAUUUUGGUAAAUACUGGCAUUUUAGUGCAAUGAUUUUACAGUAGUUUCUUUCAUUAGGCUGAUUUUACUUCUCAUUACAAACUGGAUCAGAAAUCCAGUAAUUUGUCCAGUAAACUAGUGUAAAUGUAAAACGGACCUUGAUGCCUUAUUGUAUGCCAAAAAAGGGGGGGGGUGUCAAUGAUGAGGAAAUAUGUGGGAUUUCAUUUUAUUAGAACCUGUGAUUAUCUCCACAAAUGAAUGAAAUGUAACUGGCUUUUAACAACCCCCUUUUUAAACAAGCUGAUCACUAUUAUUAUUACUAUAUGUUGACCUUUUUCAUAGUUUGCCCCAUUCGUUUUGCCACUUUGCUUUAUUAAAACGCGUCUUUGUAGAGUGCUUUUAGUUCUCUAUUUUGAUUGUAGACAAAUACAGAACCUUUAAAUGUACCAGUGCACAUACUUGUAUUUGCAUCAGUUAAACAAACCAAGCAGGACACUACAGUACAGCACAUUGGGCCAAAACUGUAUUUUUCAUGGUGUACAUGUAAAGUGGCUAUAACAAAGAAUGGAGUAGGGGAAAAACAAGAAACAGUAUAGCACAGUUAACAAACGGUUCUUUAUAACUUUCAGCCUUCUUACACUCAGAGUCAACUAGUUAAGCCCAUGUGUGCAGUUACAGCUGUAAACUCUCUGUUUAGUCUCAAUUCCUGUUUUAGUCUGUCAUGAGAUUGUCACAUUGUUUCCUCAUCAGGAAAAAUAGCAGAAAAUUGGAUUUUGUGUGGGUUGGUGUCAUGUAUCGGCAAAAACGUUUUGUGAAUGCCACUUCAAAUAUGGGAUUGUGUGCAUAUUUGCACAUCAUCAGCAUUUCUUCCAUUAAAGUUUAUCGGAUAAACACUAGUGAAACUCGUAUGAUAGAACUAUUCCCCAAAAGAAAUGCCGUUGCUCCAACUGCAGUGUUAAUGUGCUUUUUGUCAGAACACCAACCUGUGAAUUGUAACAUAAAAAGUAAUUUGUUUGUAAAGACCAAUCAACCACCUUUUUGCAAGUAGACUUACAUGUAUUAUUUUGUGCCUUAUUGUUAUUCAUACUUUGUUGUCUGUUACAUAAACUUGAUUUAGAGUAAAGAUGAAAGGAA